AACGAGCCUCUGUCGCAUCGCUGGUCAGCUAUCCAUCCAUCUAUUCCGCGCCCAUACCCACGCGCCCAGCAACACCAACCCCACAACACAACUCCAACCACUCCAUCUACUCAUCCCACCUUGGCUGCGGGCCUUUUUACUUUUCUGCUUUUGGGGCGUCACUGUGAAAUGAAUGCCAGUUGCGCAUUUGCAAUUACCAAGCUCCGUCGCGACUCUUGAGCUUGGUCGCUGUGGAGGGGGCGAGGCGCCGCGCUGCCAACUCAACCCUACUGCAGGCAACUGGGCUGCCACCAGCCUAGGGCCACCUUCGCAAAGCAAUCGCAGACAGUCACUGCACCUGCCUGCCCAUGGAACUCUGGUCGGGAUCGAUUUGAUCACAACCCGCCGCGACAAUGUCGCAACUCCUUGAAGAUGUCGUCAAGCGCCUUGUCGCGCAGGACAUGGAGUCCAAAGUCAAGGUCGAGGCCGCUACUUCAUUACGCGAUAAUCUCGAUGUCUUCACUGCCGGCCCGUCAUACCCUGUCUUCCUGAAGAGGGUCAUGCCCGUCUUCAUGUCCAUACUCAAUGGCCCUUGCACAUUUCAAAGCACAUCGAACGACCAGAGACUUCGAAACACCAUCCUCGAGAUCCUUCAUCGAUUCCCCACGGUCCCUGCCGCAGCCGAGCCUUUCGAACCAUACGCGUUGGAAACGGUCGAACUGUUGAUGAAACUGGUCCGCACGGACAAUGAAGAAAAUGCUGUCAUUUGUGUAAAGGUCAUAUCCGACAUCAUGCGGUUCCAGUCCAAGGUUGUGGCGGGCAAAGUCCAGGAGUUCCUGAGCCUAAUACAGGAGUUGUUCGAGCAAAUGGAGCGUGUCGUGAGGGAGCAGCUUGACAACGAGCCUACGACUGGAGCAGGUGGUAUGCCAUCUACUCCCGGGAGCACACAGACAAACUUCCACCCACACCAGUCGCCGCGACCAGCAUCGCCCACAGCAACGACGACCGACUUCAGCGGCCCCGACCAGCCGACCGCUCGGCCGCUUCUGAAGGGAAUGCAAUCGUUCAAGGUUCUCUCAGAAUGUCCAAUAAUAGUCGUCUCGAUAUUUCAGGUCUACCGGCAGACCGUGCCACAGAACGUCAAGGCAUUUGUCCCUUUGAUCAAGAGUGUGCUGUGUCUGCAGGCGAAGGCUCAAGAACAGGCACACACUGAGGCAGCAUCCAAGCGAACUGUCUUUACGGGUGUCAGCCCCAAUAUCAGGAACCGAGCAGCUUUCGGCGAGUUCAUCACGGCCCAGGUCAAGACCAUGAGUUUCUUGGCCUACCUCCUGAGACAGUAUUCACAGCAGCUGACGGAUUUUCUUCCCACAUUGCCGGAUAUUGUGGUCAGACUCCUGAAGGACUGCCCCCGAGAGAAAUCGAGUGCUAGGAAAGAACUUCUUGUCGCCAUCCGUCACAUCAUCAACUUCAACUUCAGAAAGAUCUUCCUGCCCAAGAUCGACGAACUCUUAGACGAGAGGACCCUGAUUGGCGAUGGGCUCACUGUGUACGAGAACAUGAGGCCUCUGGCGUAUAGCAUGCUUGCAGACCUUAUCCAUCACGUCAGAGAUUCUCUCACGCCCGCGCAGAUCAGAAAGACCGUCGAGGUCUAUACCAGAAACCUGCAAGAUAACUUCCCCGGCACCAGUUUUCAGACGAUGAGCGCCAAGCUGUUGCUGAACAUGGCGGAAUGCAUCGCCAAGAUGGACAACAAGGAGGAUGCGCGUCACUUCCUGAUCAUGAUUCUGAAUGCCAUUGGGGACAAAUUCGCCGCCAUGAACCGACAGUACGCGAACGCAGUGAAGCUGUCGAAAGCGUACGCAAAGCAGACGAAAGAUCAGACACCUGACACGUAUCUGGCUGACAAGGCCGAUCCUCCGGACUGGGACGAGGUCGACAUCUUCAAUGCGAUGCCUAUCAAGACGGCCAACCCCAGGGAAAAAGGUGCAGAUCCCGUUGUUGACAACAAGUUUCUGUUCAAAAACUUGAUGAACGGCCUGAAGAACACGUUCUAUCAGCUGAAGGUUUGCAACCCACCGCACGUCGUGGAGCAGGUGAAUGCCCCAGCGCAUUGGCAGGACGUUGCAUACGGAUUCAGCCCCGAGGAAGUGCAGGUCAUUGUCAAGCUCUUCAGGGAAGGUGCCUACGUGUUUCGCUACUACGAGAUUGAGAAGCCUAUUGGCGAAUCUCAGUACCAGUCGGCCGUUGAGUACAUGGCCAACUUCUACAUGAACUCGAGCAGUAAGGAAGAGAAGGAACUCUUGGAGACAUUUGCGACUGUGUUCCACUGCAUUGAUCCAGCCACUUUCAACGAGGUCUUCCAGCAAGAAAUCCCACGUCUAUACGAGAUGAUAUUUGACCACACGGGGCUCCUACACAUACCACAAUUCUUCCUCGCGAGUGAAGCAACAUCACCAAGCUUCUGUGGCAUGCUCCUAAGAUUCCUGAUGGAACACAUUGAGGACGUCGGCUCAGCAGAUGUGAAGAAGGCAUCGAUACUCCUGCGGCUCUACAAAUUGGCCUUUAUGGCCGUCACCUUGUUUGCGGCACAGAACGAACAGGUUCUUUUACCUCACGUUGUGGACAUUGUCACCAAGUCCAUUGAGUACUCUACCAAGGCCGAGGAGCCCAUGAACUACUUCCUUCUUCUCCGUUCACUGUUUCGGAGCAUCGGCGGUGGGAAGUUUGAGCAUCUCUACAAGAAGAUAUUGCCACUUCUUGAGAUGCUUUUGGACGUUCUUAACAACCUCUUGAGGGCUGCGAGGAAACCAGCCGAGCGAGAUCUCUAUGUUGAGUUGUGUCUGACGGUUCCUGCCAGGCUGAGUAACCUACUGCCUCACUUGAGUUUUCUCAUGCGGCCGCUGGUAGUUGCAUUGCGAGCGGGGAGUGAUCUUGUCGGCCAGGGACUGCGUACGCUCGAGCUGUGCGUCGACAAUCUCACUGCAGACUAUCUCGACCCCAUCAUGGCCCCUGUCAUGGAUGAGUUGAUGUCUGCUCUCUUUGACCACCUCAAACCAGCCCCUUACCAGCACUUCCACGCGCACACAACGAUGAGAAUCCUCGGAAAGUUGGGCGGACGGAACCGAAAGUACAUGACAGAUGCUAUUUCACUGAGCUUUCAGCAAUUCGUCGAUGACAGCCCAAGUUUUGACCUGCGGCUCUUGGGCUCAAAGAAGGAGAGGCCGUUCCCUGUCAAUAUGGGCAUCCAACUCGCCAUCCAGAAGCUGACGGAAGCUCCGAAGCAAGUCAAAGGCGGUCCCUCCAAGCAAUCCGAUGCGUUCUACAAGGAGAAGGCAUUUCAUUUCCUCAAGGCGCAACUGAAGUUGCGCAUUGGGUACGAUAACCUGCCCGAUGAUCUUCCCCGGCUAGUUCGCCUUCAGGUCCAGGAUUUACUGGCUCGCAAGACUGACGCCGACUUCUCAAUAUUUGAGACCUCGGAUCGCGGGCGCUCGGUCGCCAACAAGGAGGACCAAGACAAUGUGCUCAAACGGCUCAUCAAGGCCAUGAUGUUUGCCAACUCUCUGCCUGGCUUCAAAGAGGAAUCCAUGGGAUUCCUUUUGAAUCUUUGCCGUCACUUUGCCAUCAUAGAAGUAGGCAGAGCUCUUGUGGACUGCAAGAGGGGCGCAAGCCCAUUCGAUGUGAAUGCCGGAGAAGGUCCGAUGUGUCUUGACACCCGCGUUCUCUGCGACGCAAUCCUCGAGUCACUGGCCUCGGAUCAUCCAGAUGUCCGUGAAGCCGCUAAACGAGCCAUCCAGGAGGUUUAUGAGUCUGCUACCAUCAUACUUGGCUCAUCCAAUAAUGUUGGGCGACUGACGUUCUUCCACCACCUUGGCUCCGUUCUCUGCCAUGGUUGCUAUGAGGAGGAGUGGUUUACCAAAGCCGGUGGCUGUUGCGGUAUUCGUAUACUGUUGACGGAUGUUGAUCUUGGAGACAUGUGGAUCGGUAUGAAACAGAGCGAGUGCAUUAAGGCUUUACUCUUCGUGGUCAAAGACAUGCCACAAGAUCUCCCUGAGAACACCAGACGAUCGGCGCAAGAUACGCUGGACAUCUUGCUCCACAGAAUCACGAAAAACAUCAAGAAGGAGGACUGCCUACCGGUGCCACAGGAGAGGGGCCAGCAGCCACCAAAGCAGCCUAGGAUGGCCCAGAUUUGCAAUGUGUUGAACCAAGAGCUCCCACACAUGAACAAGCACGUUCGAGAGACCGCCAAAAGAUGCCUGGAUAUCAUUGCCAAGGCAGCAGACGCGCCAGUCUGGGAACUGCUUGAGCCUCACAGGGAUCGUCUUCUGUCACAGAUCUACGCCAAGCCUCUCCGCGCUUUACCGUUUUCGAUCCAAAUUGGCUACAUAGACGCGGUCACGCACUACAUGUCUUUGAAGCAGGACUUCGUCAAGAUGGAUGAGAAUUUGACUCGUCUGCUCAUGGAAUCUCUGGCGCUUGCUGAGGCCAGCGACGAAUCGCUCGCGAACAAAGCCGCCGAGUUCCGGACACAUAACCAUAUCGUCAGCCUUCGUGUUUCUUGUAUCAAGAUUCUGAGCACUGCCAUGGAUUUCGAGGAUUUCAUGAAGCCAAGCCAGCCCAACCAACCGAACAAAGAAAGGACGCGAAUUGUUGCAACCUUUUUCAAGUGCCUUUAUUUGCAUCCUACCCCCAUCAUCGAUGCGGCUUACGAAGCAUUGAAGACUGUCCUGUCCAUCAACAACAAACUACCGAAGGAUUUGCUGCAGUCAGGCCUUAGGCCGGUUCUGGCCAGCCUCCAAGAUGCAAAGAGACUUAGCCUCCAAGGGCUCAACAAUCUGGCGAGGCUGCUAAAGCUGCUGACCUCGUACUUCAAGGUCGAGAUUGGAACGCGUCUCCUUGAUCAUGUCAAGAACCUGGCAGAUGGUAACAUGCUGCAGCAAUUAUCAUUCACCUUCUUUGAGCAGAACGAAAUGAUGGAGGUCAUUGCCGCUGUCUUCAACAUUUUCCAUCUCCUACCGGCUGCGGCAGAAGGUUAUAAGGAGCGUAUCAUUGAGACGGCGUUGGAUCUUGAAUCAAAACUGCGUCGGACCCAUCACAGCCCCUUCCGCAAGCCGAUCUACAAGUUCUUGAACCGGUAUCCACAGGAGAUCUGGAAUUUACUAUUGAACAAGAUUCGCGACAUCAAAUACGGCCGAUUCUUCGCUCAGGUUCUUCGUCAUGCAGACAGUGGCCCGCUAAGGGAUUUUGCAGCAGCAAACAUUCAGGCCUUGGUCCAGGCUUGCAAGGACGUUCCAGUCGAGGAUCGCCCUGGCAAAUCCACAUCCAUAGUCAACGCCAUCACCAUGCUUGACGCCCUUUGCCAGUAUUCCGCUACCGCGUGGAUGGCGAACAAAGAGACGCUUGCCUGGUUGAAGCAGGCGAGUAGCGAUCUUGAACGACAGCUGCGCGCCAAUGAAGUGCCUGGUCCUUUGCGCCUCGCUGCGCACCAAGCUGUAGAGCACGCGACUUGGAUCAUGACAAAAUAUCUCGAGCAGAACCCAAAGGACCUCGACGCUCUAUUUUCUCUGAUCGACUCGGUCACAACCGAGGAUGUCAGGCCAACACAAAGCCUGUUUGCUUACUUGUACAACAGUAUAAUUUGCAACGAUUCAGUUGAGUUUUGGAGGUCGAUUGUUCUGCGAUGUCUCGACACAUAUGCCGGGAAGACGGCAUCUCAGAAGACUAAGCUUUUCCUGCUGCAUAACAUUGUCAACCCCAUUCUGGCAAUGGACCUGAUGCGACACUGGGAUCAGCCUGAGCAAAGGCCGAAUCGUCUGAUCGACCGAAACGUCAUCGACUCCAUCAGCACGAAGAUCUGGAAGGUCACUCUGACUGAUCCGCAGGAAGAUCUGACGCAGCCGGGCAUCGAUCACACAAGGAUGGAAGUUCUACAGCUUUCAGCCUUCCUCAUCAAAUACCACAACACCAUCUUGCAGGAGGCACGAAAAGACAUCAUCAAGUUUGGUUGGACAUAUAUUCGACUUGACGAUGUGAUCAACAAGCAUGCUGCCUACGUCGUGUUGUCAUACUUCAUCGCGCACUAUGAUACGCCCGGCAAGAUAGUUUCCCAGGUGUAUUUCUCAUUGCUUAAGAACAACCAGAACGAGGGGCGUACGCUUGUCACACAGGCUUUGGAGUUGAUGGCGCCAGUGCUGCCAAAGAGGUGCGGGACUAUCCAGGCUAACGAGCGGAAUACUGUCUGGUCCGCUGCACCCCGACGAAUACUGUCGGAAGAGGGCCAGAACGUCCAGCAGAUGACGAGCAUCUUCCACUUCCUCGUUCGGCAUCCAGAUCUUUUCUAUGAGACUCGUGACAAGUUCUCUAUUCUCAUCAUCCAAUGCCUGAGGAAGGUGGCAAACUUCCCUAAUCCGUCGUUUGAGAGCAGACGUCUUGCUCUCAACAUGAUGUGGCUGAUUUGGGAGUGGGAACGGAGGCGUGUGACCGGCAAGACGACGACUUCUUCGCGAAUGGCAUCCCAGUCACUAUCACCCGUCGCCAAGAAGCGCAAGCUCGAUGAAGUGUCAACCUCCUCGCCUCCAGCAGUCCGAUCAACUGCUGCUGUUGAGAAGACCGAGUAUCAGAUUCCCGCGCCGGUGCGACAGAAGAUGGUUAAAUACCUGAUCGAGUUCAUCGCGCAGCUGAAUGAGCGAUAUGCGCUACCAUCAAGCAAAGCGAAGGACACGCCGGUCACAGCUAGUCAUACUAUAUCGACAGAGCUCAACAAAAAGGCCAUGGCUCUCUUGUACAACCUUCUGCAACCAGAGUAUUGGGCGGAUCUCGACGUCGACCUGUUUCCCAAUGUCACGGAUGUGGUUCUUGCUAGUGACAAGACAACGCAGAUCCUCAGUAUCGAUCCAGAGAAUAAGGAGAGAUACGAUGAGAAAUUCAUCACAAACAUCAUCAACACGCUUCAAGUAGUGCGCAUCAUCCUGGACUCAAAGCCAGAUGAGUGGAUCUUGAAGAACAUGAGUCAAAUCCAGAAGAUUCUCGAGAAGUGUCUCAGGUCAGAAAACCCCGAGUUGCAGGAUUGUUUGCACUUGGCAGACCCGAAGUAUGAUGAUGGACGAGAGAUCAGAGCCAUCGUCAAGAGGAUUCUCGAUGCUGUUCCCACUGCUCUAGAGGAUGUACAGAUGGAGGAUGCCGACGCGGAGGGUGAGCCUGAAUCACAGACGUCCGAGAUCAUCACUUUCCUUUCCAACAUCGGCACCGAGACAAUGGCAGCCGCGAACUACGUUGCAGGCAUCAAUAUCUUGUGGUCCCUAGGCAACCGACGUCCCUCAGCUAUUGACCCUCACAUCCCAGCCAUCAUGAAGUCGCUGCAGUCCAAACUCGCCCGGGACCACGUGUCACACUACACCGCCAUCAGCCACGAAGCAAAUACACCUCGUGCUCCGGACCAGAAUCCUCCCGCCAAGAUGGACGACUAUGAUCUCGAGAUUCAGACGGGCUUGAUGCUCAAGGCCAUUGAUGUCACUGCAAAGAGAAUGGAGAUCCUUGGCGAUAACAGACGACCGUUCCUCAGUGUACUGGCCACGCUUGUGGAGAAGUCCUUGCAUAUACCACUGUGUGAGAAGAUUCUAGAUAUGGUCGAGGGCUGGAUAUUCCGUUCGGAGGGGACAUGGCCUACUCUUAAGGAGAAGACAGCUGUUUUGCAUAAGAUGUUGACGUUUGAGCACCGUGCCGACACGACGAUGCUGACGAAAUAUCUGGACCUGGUACUCCGGAUCUAUGAGGAUCCAAAGAUCACCAGAACCGAGCUUACCGUGCGUAUGGAGCAUGCUUUCCUGAUAGGAACACGGGCGCAAGACAUCAGCAUGCGGAACCGCUUCAUGGCGCUUUUGGACAAGAGUUUGUCUAAGACUGCCAGCGCCCGCUUGUUGUAUGUUAUCAAUACGCAGAAUUGGGACACCUUGGGCGAGACGUUCUGGCUUGCUCAAGCUUCUCAAUUACUGCUCGGUUCUGUGGAAGCGAACAGCAGCGUUCAUCUACAUCACGAGGACUUCCGGACCUUGCCAGCCUCUCGACUCUUUGGCAACUACGCAAGGGACCCGAGACAGCCAACGGCAAUUUCAGAUGACAAGUACGAGGCUUUCAUGGCGAGCCACCGUCGCUUCGUGUCCGAGCUUGGCGAUGUCAAGGUUCGAGACAUCAUUGAACCACUCACACAAAUGCAGCACGUUGACUCGAAUCUCGGCAAAGAGCUCUGGGAGACGCUGUUCCCAAUGUACUGGUCUGCGACGACAAGAGAGGAGCGGGAGGAAGUCAAGCGCGGCCUAGUGUUGCUGCUGACGAAGGACUACCACCAGCGGCAGCUUGACAAGCGCCCAAAUGUGAUCCAAGCUUUGCUCAAAGGCGCUGCAAAAGCAUCUCCUGAAUGCAGGGUUCCUCCGCAUGUCUUGAAGUACGCAGCUCAGACCUUCGACUCCUGGUACACGGCACUGGUUCAGCUCGAGGAUGCCGCAAUCGACCUGGAGGCCACUGACCCACCUACCGUCAAGGAGAGCAACCUGAACGCGCUAGUUGAAAUAUACGCCAAUUUGAAGGAGGACGAUUUCUUCUAUGGGACAUGGCGCCGUCGAUGCCAAUUCUUGGAAACCAACAGUGCUCUCUCGUACGAGCAGAAUGGUCUGUGGGACAAGGCGCAGAAGAUGUACGAGAUGGCACAAGUCAAGGCUCGCACUGGUGCCCUCCCUUUCUCUCAAGCUGAAUACACACUGUGGGAAGACCACUGGGUUCUGUGUGCUCAAAAGUUGCAACAGUGGGAUAUCCUCCAAGACUUUGCCAAACACGAACAUCUUCAGGACCUCCUCUUAGAGUGCGCUUGGCGAAACACUGAAAUGUGGCAGUCACAGGAGAACAGGGAUCACAUCGAUGCCAUGAUCAAAGGCCUCAUGGAUGCACCGACCCCGCGCCGCUCUUUCUUCCAAGCAUUCAUGUCUCUGCGCAAGCUUCACAACAAACAAGAAACUCAGCCAGACUUCCAGAGAUAUGUCGACGAGGCUAUUCAGCUCGCGAUACGUAAGUGGCAUCAAUUGCCGAAGCAGCCUACGCACGCACACGUCCCCUUACUUCAAAACUUCCAGCAGCUGGUAGAGCUGCAUGAUGCUAGCGUCAUCUGUACGAGUCUUGCAGGCACAACACAGCAGAAUUUGGAUGUCAAAUCCAGCGAGCUGAAACUGCUGCUGGGCGGUUGGCGUGAUCGACUACCUAACGUUUGGGACGAUAUCACUGCUUGGCAAGACCUCGUGACUUGGCGACAGCACAUCUUCGGUCUCAUCAACCAGACUUAUCUCGGGCUUCUGCCUCAACAGGGCCAGAACGCGGGAGGUUCUUCGUUUGCAUACCGGGGAUACCACGAAACAGCAUGGAUCAUCAACCGUUUCGCUCAUGUUGCGAGGAAGCACAACUUGGCGGAUGUCUGCAUCAGUCAGCUUGGUCGCAUCUACACCUUGCCUAAUAUCGAGAUACAGGAAGCAUUCUUGAAGCUGAGAGAGCAGGCCAAGUGUCACUACCAGAAUCCCAAGGAACUCAACAGCGGCCUGGAAGUAAUCAACAACACCAACCUUGGCUAUUUCAGCCCAAGCCAGAAAGCAGAGUUCUACACUUUGAAGGGCAUGUUCCUUGAGAAAUUGAACCAGAAAGACGAGGCCGAUAAUGCUUACGGCACGGCAUUGUACUUCGACAUUACAGCCGCGAAAGCAUGGGCUGAAUGGGGCUAUUUCAAUGACCGCAAGUUCAAGGAAGAUCCCGCCGAUUUGAACUCCGCUCGUCAGGCCCUCACGUCAUACCUACAGGCAGCAGGCAGCUACAAAAACGCCAAAUCACGGAAGCUCAUUGCCAGGAUUCUCUGGCUUCUGAGCAUGGACGAUGCCAACGGGACUGUCUCUGCUGGGUUUGAUGAUUUCAAGGGCGACACGCCGACUUGGUACUGGAUCACGUUCAUUCCUCAGCUGCUGACUGGGCUCAGCCACAAGGAGGCCACGCGGGUCCAUUCCAUCCUCUUGAAGAUUGCCAGAUCUUAUCCUCAAGCUCUCUACUUCCAGCUGCGCACCAAUAGAGAAGACAUGAUGGUUAUCAAGAAGAAUCAUGAGGCUAAGAAACAGAGAGAGCGGCAACAGUCGGUUGGGGGCGCCAAGCCCGCAGGAUCUCCAGCUCUGCAGAAACAAGAGGACCCGAAUGCGCCGAAGCAGGAAGGUGGCUCGGGUUCACGACCUGCCACUGCCAAUGGUGAGGCCAAUGUCCAACCUAAGACGGAGGGCGGAGAAACAAAUGGCACAGCAGCAACCCCGACCACAGCAGGACCCAACGGCUCGACGCCGGCUCCCGGAGAACAGCAGGCCGAGGCAGGCCAGAAGAAGUUCCCAUGGGAGCUCACCGAGGAGAUCAUGUCUCAGCUCAAGACGGCCUUCCCUCUGCUGGCGCUAUCAAUGGAGACCAUGGUUGACCAAAUCCAGAAGCACUUCAAAUGCCCGCCAGACGAAGAUGCGUAUCGACUGAUUGUAGCCCUACUCAAUGAUGGGCUGGCCUAUGUCAGCCGCAUGCCAACGUCGUACGCCAAGGGCACAAAACUCCCUCAGGCCACUGAAACGAAUAUCACUCGGUUUGCAGAGACAAUACUGCCUGCGCACAUACGGAAGACGUUCGAGGCAGACUUUGUCACUUUCAAGCCCACGAUGUUCGAGUACAUCCACAAACUAAGGAAGUGGAGAGACAAGUUCGAGGAGAAACUGGAUAGGCGCAACCCACACAUGUCUCUGGAGGUAUACACGACGCUCUUGAGCGAGUUCAAGUACUCAAAGUUCGACGAGGUCGAGGUGCCCGGCCAGUACUUGCAGCUCAAGGACAAGAAUCAGGAUUUCAUCCGCAUCGAGCGCUUCAUUCCUACGGUCGACCUAGUUCGCAUGAUUGGCAUGUCUCAUCGACGACUGAAGAUCCGAGGCCAUGACGGCAGCAUUCAUCCCUUCGCGGUCCAACACCCGGCCGCCAGGCACUGCCGUAGGGAAGAGAGGAUUGUUCAACUGUUCCGACAGCUGAAUCAGAGGCUAAGCAGGAAGAAGGAGAGUCGUCGUCGCGACUUGCAGUUCACCUUACCACUCAUGGUUCCUCUGGCACCACACAUUCGAAUCGUACAGGAGGAUACUUCGUACAUCACGCUUCAGGGUAUCUUUGAGGAUCAUUGCCGACGCAACAGCUUGUCGAAGGACGACCCUGUGCUCUUUAUCAUGGAUAAACUGCGCGCGCUUGGAGAGUCCAAGGGUAAGACUGGCGAGCAUAGCGCGACAGCACGACUGGAGAUCCAGAAUGCGAUUCAGGACAAGUGGGUGCCACGCACUGUGGCUCUUGACUAUUUCCAGAGGUCAUACCUCGACUACGCCGACUUCUGGUUGUUCAAGCGCCGCUUCUCAUACCAGCUGGCUGCACUGACGUUCAUGACGUAUGUACUGUUCAUCGACAAGCGCUACCCACAAAAGAUACACAUCGCCCGAGGCACCGGCAACAUCUGGAGCUCCGAGCUCCUGUCAUCCAUGACCAACAGCCGGCCGUACUUUGGCAGCGCAGAGCCGGUGCCGUUCCGUCUCACGCCCAACAUCCAGACCCUCAUGGGGCCGUUGGCGACGGAGGGCGUCUUUGGGUGUUCCAUCAUGGCGAUUGCAAGAUGUCUCACGGAGCCCGAAUUCGAGCUCGAGCAUGCGCUCACCCUGUUCGUGCGUGACGAGGUCAUGUUCUGGUUCACGAGCAGUCACCGGAUGGCGCACCUCAACGAAGGACAUCUGAGGGAGACGGUGCAGACGAACUGCGACCUGAUCGUCAAGAGGGCAGUCAGCCUCGCGACAGUUCCCGAGGGAACGCUGCCAGCCAAUCAAACGGUUAUCGACCUGAUCAGUAAGGCUGUCAAUCCCAUCAACUUAGCCAUGAUGGACGCGCUGUGGCAGGCAUAUCUCUAGGUCUAGUCGCAUUGGUUUGGAGGUUUGGGCUUCUGUUUCGGGGUGUUGAGCGUACUUGCGAGGUGUUUUACGGUCAUGGAAAAUCGCAAUUAUCUUAUCAAAUCCCGGCGGUAUUGGGUUCGGGCCGGGCUUGCUCCUAUGGGUUUGAGAGCAGAAUGCUUCAAGGGGUCGUGGAAGGGCGCUUUGUGGAUACGACGCGAUGUGUUUAUAGAGUAUAUAGUUGAUGCCGGGGUAUUGCUUUGGUGUUUUGGACCCAGAUUGGCAUUCCAUAUGUGUGGCCGGUAAUUUGGCCAUGCAAUGAGACUCAAUGAGUUUAAUGAGACGUCACCAUAUUGGCGAUACUCCAAGAUUGUCAGCAGCCUCGAGAUGUGUGAUUACUCAGGCCUGAAGUCAGAGAGACUGAGAACUCCUCGGCAUGGGGGCGACGUCAACUCCUUGUGCAACUAUAAACCAUAGAUAGGCCCGGCCUGGACGCAUGGGCACUAGACUGCGUGGCACAAGGCGGGACAAG